AUGGAGCCCGCGUCUUCACCACUCCGCUACCGAAAGAAUGGUCGGCUUCAAGCAUGCGACCCCUGCCGCCGUCGCAAAGUCGCAUGCGACCACGCCCGUCCGGUCUGCAGUAAUUGUAAGAGACGGAGGCGAACGGAACCGUGCGAGUUUACAAUGAGUACACCGGCGCAGAUGCAGCCAGGUCCAGGAGCUCCCCAUGCUGUCUCGGAACGAACGUCACGGUCAACCAGUGUCACAGGCUCGGAAACGGGCGCCGAACAGUUCCAACCCGCAACUGCGUCCACACUGGUUAACCAACGGUCUGAGAUCAGCCCUGCUGUGACGGAAACGGAAAUACAUGGACAAUGCGCUCCGAGUCGCGAGGUCGUUGUGCCGGAGAGCGCGUCCGGCCACCUCGGCUUCAUGUCGUGGAGCGACGUGUACAAGGAAGUCGGUAACGGGCUCUCUGGCCAUGAUGUACACGCCGCGAAGGAAAUCCGUUCUACUUCUAACGCCGGCCGGGAAGCCAGGUCCAUUAUCCUUUCCGAAGACGCCAGGACGCUGGAGACUUGUCUCUUCAUCCUCCGCCUGGUCCCCGACGAACGUAAGGGCCGGGCACUCUUUGACUCACACUUUGACCCGCACAACGCCUUCAUCCACCCCGUUGCUGUGCGGGCUCUGGAUUCGCUGUAUGGUACUUUUGGGCACUACCUCAACAAUUCGGACCGGAACGAUGCGCAGCUCUCAGAGUUUGCGCGGCGGCUGUGCUAUAACUCGUCCCGGCCGUUCUUCGAGCACGAGCCUGAUCCGGAGCUAUGGAUAGCGCAGUUUACCAAGGAGAAUCUGAGGUGGGAGACGUUGGGGCUGCUAUUCAUUUACUGGGAAAUGAAGCUUCGGAAUGAGCAGCUUCCGAGAACGGAGGUUGGACGAAUGGGAUACGGGCAGAAGAACGCUUUCAGGAAGUGUAUCUUUGACUGCAUUACUUUGGCAAGGCAGGCUAAUGAGGUUGGGAAUACGCUGUUGCUGUACCUUUACUUUAGGCGGAUGAUUAUCGAGUCUAUCAUUGACGGAGAUACCAGUCGCUCAACAUGGAUGACACAAGGGGAGACAGUAUCACUCCUUACCUUCCUGGGCCUACACGUCGAACAGAACAAGGGGCCCUAUAAACCAACUUUGGCAUCCGAGCUGCGGAGACGGCUUCUCGUGAAAAUCUUCGUCCUCGACAAAGUCGGCUCCGCGAUCACGGGGCGACCACCCGCCCUGAGCCGCCGAUACAUCCUGACGCCGCCGCCGCUCGACAUACGGGACGAAUACCUGCUAUGCGACGACGAGACAAUCAACAAGGCGGUGAGAUCGCUUGACAAAUCGGGAUGGAACCCCGAUGGAGCGCUGAACUCGGUCACAUUCUGGCGAGCUCGGUAUAAGCUCAUGAUUAUCCGUGACGAGAUCUUUGAGGUUGCUAUGGGACCUGAAGCGGCUAUAUCGGUGGAAGUUCUGCUUGCACUGAAAGCGAAAGAGUUCGCGGCUGCGGCCGAAAUGCCAGCUAUCAUGCGCUUCAAGGAAUCAGACACUCGAAAUCCGAGUCUCACUGGUCAGAUGCUCCACGUGCGGCUGCUCAUGCAGCUGGAACAUCUGCAGAACCUCUUCUUCAUUGAGCGGCUAUUGAAUCGGAAGGACUGUUCCAACAAGCGGGAUUUACUGUCGGUCAGCUACGAAAUGACGGCGACCACAUUGCUCUUCUGGACUGAUAUGGAUGGUUUCAGUGUCUUGUGCGAGGAUUUCAAAUGGCUUGUCAUGGCAUAUGCCGCUCCAGGAGGCGGAAUCCUUUGCCUAGAGUUACUGAAGCCAACACCAACCCUAGGAAACAGCGGCAUCCCCGUCACAGAUAGUACCGGCAAAGUCAUCACCAGGUCCGGUAUUGUACAAGUGCUGAGUCUUCUGGUCGGCUUUCUCAAGUGGGUGAGCCCGUCCGAAGCCCCGGGCAGCAUCUGCGCGAGCACAAUGACUAUUGUGAAGCAGGUGCUGGACGAGGCACUCAAUGGGGCGCCGAACCGCAACCCGUCUGGCGAUGCAAUGGAGUGGGACUUUUCGGCGCAGUUGGAUUUCAAUUUCGAUCUCUUGGACACGUACGAAUGGAUGCGCCCGGAGUUUUCAUGGAGUGAUUUGCAGGCAUAG